AUGCUCGCCGGUCGCGUAGCUGCUCGGUCUGCCCGAGUGGCAGCUCCCCGCUUCCAGAUUGCCGCCACGCGCUCCUUCGCCGAAGCCAAGUCCUCCGAUGGCAGGCCCCCGAUCGAGCUUUUUGGAGUCGACGGUGUAUACGCAAGCUCGCUGUACACUGCCGCUUCCAAGAGCAGCUCGCUCGAUGCCGUCUCCAAGGCCAUGGAGAACUUGUCGCAGACUUUCAAGAAGGACCAGCGCCUGCAGUCCAUCCUUACUGCACCCACCCUCAGCGGCGACGACAAGAAGCAGAUCGUAGCCGAGAUCCAGAAGAGCAUCAACGUGCAGGACAAGACCAACACCAUUGAGAACUUCCUUGCGACUCUUGCCGAGAACAACCGCUUGAGCGUUCUCGAGGGUGUCGCUGAGAAGUUUGGACAAUUGAUGGGCGCUGCCCGCGGUGAGGUCGAGUUGACCAUCACCAGCGCUUCGCCAUUGGACAACWAGACUGUGAAGCAGCUUGAGGCAGCCAUUAGCAAGAGCAAGUACGCAGGUCAGGGCAGUAAGCUGAAGGUUGUGUCCAAGGUCAACCCAGACAUCAAGGGAGGUCUCAUUGUCGAGAUUGGAGAGCAGACCAUUGACCUGAGCGUUUCAUCCAAGAUGCAGAAGAUGAACAAGCUCCUUCAGGAAACCUUGUAA